AUGUUUCUUUGUUUCAGGCAGCUUGACGAAUUCCUUCGAAUAGAUCUCAUUGAAAAAGUUGAACGGCGAAAGCUCACAGAGUCCCAGCUCUUGGAUCUCACAGCAAAGGAGUUAGGUUAUAUGUUCAGCUGUGAUGGAGAAAAGCUCUAUCAGACGAUGCGUAUGCUUCCACGGUUGGAAGUUGAGGCCGUUCUCAAACCGAUCACUUACACUAUCAUGCAAGUGACGGCCACGCUAACGCCUGCUUUCUUCUGGAAUGAUCGCUUCUUAGGGAAGACUGGAGCUCAGUCCUUCUGGCUUACGUUGGAGAAUAUAGAUGAGAACUUAAUCAUCCACCAAGAAAAAAUUGCGAUCAAUAAGAAAAAGGUGAAAGCCGUUGAGCCGCAACAUUUGGUAUUCACUAUCCCUAUUCGAGAUCAUCAACUAACCAAUGUUUUUCAACUUCGUGUCGCCAGCGACUACUUCCUUGUCAACGACACGGUUGUAGCGCUUUCCAUGCACAAUUGUAUUCUUCCAAAAUCAUACAAAGCUCACACA